AUGAAGCUGUACAGGAUAGCAUUUGCCACACUCAGCUUUGUUUCCUGGGGUUUCGCGGCGGAUCAAGAUAUUCUCACCAUCUUGCAGCAGCAGACGGGGAUUUCCACCUUUAUUGGGCUCUUGGAGCAAUUCUCAGAUCUGGUCAAUGUCUUGAACCAAGGGACAUUCAGUGUCCUCAUUCCAAAUGACCAAGCGCUCGCUGCGUUUGGCGAUGAGAAUCCAGACUUCACCAACAAUACAGAUGCUGUCCGGGCCCUGCUAGAAUACCAUAUCACCAAUGGCACUCAUCCAUCAGCUUCAUUUGGCCUACAGCCACAAUUUGUGCCUACGCUCCUGACGAAUUCCAAUUACACCAAUGUCACAGGUGGCCAAGUAGUAGAAUUGACGGAAUCGGCAAAUCAACCCACGGUCGUGAGCGGAGUGAAGGCAGAGUCUCAUCUGGUCGAGGCCGACAUAUUCUACCUUGGAGGCCUCAUCCACAUUAUCGACUCAGUGCUUACAAUCCCCGUCUCAUUUCCAGCAACCGUCACAAAGACUGGCUUGACGGAUCUUGUGGCUCUGAUGAGCAUAGGAGGCUUCUUGAGUCCUAGUUCUCCAGCAGUUAACGUGGAUCUGACCAUCUUUGCGCCCAACUCGACGCAUUUCUCGGCCGGGUUCACGGGAUGGGAUGGUCUCUCGCAAACCGACCUCUACUCCAUCUUAGAGUACAGCAUCUCUCAAGGCCCGGUUAUUUACUCGUCGGACUUCAAGAACAACACCAAGAUUCCCACUCUGGACAGAAUAUCGGCGACUAUGACCGAGGUUGAUGGCCAGUUCUACGUCGACGCGGCUCUUAUCAAGACGAGGGACUACCUCACCUCCAAUGGUGUAUUGCAGAUACUUGACAGUCCUCUCAAUCCCAAUACAACCGGACAACAGCCUCUCUCCACCGUUGUUCCGUCUUCCAGUACGGGAUCUAAGGGCCUCAGCACUGCUGCUGGUGCAGGCAUCGGCAUCGGCAUCGGCGCCAUAGUGCUCGGAGGGGCCUUGAUCGUCGCCCUUUACAUUCGAACCAAACGCCGCCGACGGCUGAUAGAACUGGCCGGGGGCAACCCGGGUGACCCUCCUCCCAGAUAUGAGUUGGAUACCAAAGCACUGGACGCGACAGGUGCAAACGGCAGGGAAGUACCCAGGACCCAAGUCUUUGAGAUCCAUGCUCCACCUAAACCGCCCUCUCCUUACGAGAUCGAUGGCAACGAGAGGAGUCGGAUCAGCGUUACCAUCCAAGGCACACCUCCCCGACACCUAGGGUUCCAGGCUCGCUAUUAG